CGAGCUCACAUCGCACUCGCAGUAAUUACUAGGGAAUAUACUUACUCUCCACGCGUGCUGUCUUUCGCUACUCUCUCAGUGCAGUCGUUCCGCGAACCCCACUCGCUCCCAACAUACACAUCGGCGCCAUGGGUGCGCCAGCGGCGACAGAGCCGCCUUCGGUCACGCUCUCGUUUGCCAACAACUUCUGGGGCAAAGAUGACGCGGGCGUCUCUCCCAUGCUCGAGCGCAUGCACAAUGCCAAAGUCACAUCCGACGAGCUCAAGUCGUUCUACGCCGCGCGGGCCGCCAUCGAAGACGAAUACUCGCGCAAACUCCUGAAUCUCGCGCGGAAACCCCUAGGGUCGUCGGAAUCGGGCACGUUGCGCAUGUCGUUCGACGUGAUCCGCGGCGAAGUCGAGUCCAUGGGCAAGGCACACCAGAGCGUCGCGCAGCAGAUGAAGACGGAGCUAGAAGAACCACUCCAGGCGUUCGCUGGAGGUAUGAAAGAACGAAGGAAGAUUGUGCAGAAUGGAAUCGAGAAGCUGCUCAAGAUGAAGAUGCAGCAGACGGCCUCCGUUAACAAGGCCCGCGAUCGGUACGAGAAUGACUGCCUCAAGAUCAAGGGCUUCCUCGCACAAGCACACAUGGUCAUGGGCCAGGAAGAGCGUAAGAACAAGGCAAAGCUCGAGAAGACACAGAUACAGCUCUCCGACACGGAACGGGACUACGAGGCGGCGGUCAAAAUCCUCGAGGAGACAACUGGCCGGUGGAACAGAGACUGGAAAGCAGCUUGUGAUAAAUUCCAAGACCUGGAGGAAGAGCGCAUCGAUUAUACGAAGAGCAGCCUGUGGAACUUCGCCAACAUUGCGUCCACCGUAUGUGUCAGCGAUGACGCUGCAUGUGAGAAGAUAAGACUCUCGCUCGAGGACUGUGAUGUCGAGAAAGACAUCACAAAUUUCAUACAAGGCCAAGGAACCGGCCAGGAGAUCCCCGAUCCGCCCAAGUUCAUCAACUUUGCGCGAGGUGACGCCGACACGGCUUCGCAGACCUCCGAAGACGAGAACUUUUCAGUAGCUCAGUUCGCCAGAACUAUGAAUCCUGCGUACCGAGCAUCGUCACCGGCACCUUCGAGUUUCGAUUCACACAACGACCCGAACAAUCCGCUCGCUCGUGAGCUGCUCGGGAACAACACCAAGCCGGUACCGCAAGAACAGAUCAACGUUGCACCGCAACAGGCACAGUCUACUCGGCCAGCUGCUACGUCGAGAGCUUCGCAUCAUUCCGGCCACUCUGCGCACUCGAAUCGAGCACCACAACCCGAUCCUCGGCUGAUCCAAGCCCAGCAACAGGCGCACCAGCAAUAUCAGCAGAAUAAGGUCCCUCUGAACGACUAUCCACAAGACGGGAUGACUCAAUUUUGUCGCGUCGGGCCACCUGCAGAGCAAAGCCCGGCCCCGAGCCCCGUUCGCCCUUCGAGCAGAGACUCUCAGAGCGACUACUCCAAUCCUACUUCCUUCUCAAGCAUCGAACCGCCGAGUGGAUCCGCAUCGCCAGGAAAGCCCAUGUUCGAAUCACCUCAGCCGGUAGAGGAUAUGCCCGUGCAGCAGAAGAAGGGCUUCUUCCAAAAGAACCCCUUCGCGCGAAGGCAGAGCAAGCCAGAGGUUCAGCCUCCACCCUCCAUUACGCCGAGCGGCCGCAACACCUGGGGCCCUGCAUCUAGAGUAGCGAAUAACGAGAACGUCAGUCCCACACGACCACAUGCUGGCAGAGAACGAGGCCACACCCUGAAAGAUGUCCCGACUCCCAGCCCUGAGCCUGUAGACCCGCGAGCGAACUUUCAACUCAACAUUGGCAACAACGUCUUCGACGUGGCUUCUCCGGACAGUAAGAAGGAGAAGAAGUCAGUAGAUCCUCAAGAAGAGCUGGACCCCAUUGCUCAGGCGCUCGCCGAGCUCAAGGGCGUCACCAAGCAGACCUCUCUGCGCGUGUCUGCUGACCGCUAUCACGGCCUUGCAACACCACAGCCGCCUGCUACGCCCGCCGUAGGAGCCAACCUUCCAGGAGGAGCUCCUACACCACUUGUCAAUGCCAGUAUGAAUGCUGCUAAACGUGGAACACCACCUCCCUCGUACGACGCACCGCCAAUGUCCCGCCUUGGUGCCCCCAAGCCAGCACACACCGCGCGCCAGAUGCAGAAGACCACGGAAAUGUACGUCCAGCAGAAAGCCAGCGUCUUCAACACGGGCGCCUCAUCGCGUCCUUCCACCCGCGGCGGCGCCCAACAAGAAGCCCCCCGAGCACCCUCACCCGCUCCUCGCGCCGUCAGCCCUCAGCCAAGCAUGUACCGCAGCCAGCAACAACAAGCUCCUGCCUCCCCCGCCUACCGUGCCGCCUCUCCCAACCCGUACGCCGGCGGCCGCCCGCGCGCCCAAACCGCGACUCAACAACAAGCGCCGAACCCCUACGGCACCCCCACGGGACGCGGCUCCUACUCGCGACAAGGCGGUGGCGGCGGCGCUGGCUCUCCAGGCAUGCCCCGGGCGGCCUCACCUCAACCACCCCAGCCGCAGUACGCACAGGCGCAGAGCCGUCCCGGCUCGCGCGCCGCACCGUCGCAGUCGUCUCCCCAACCAGCCUACGCCAACCCCAGACCCGCGUCCAGAGCGGCACCCGCCUCCCGUGCUGCGAGCCCAAAUCCCGCCUUCCGCUCAAGCUACGACCGCCCGAGCAGCUCGCGCGGGAGCGAUAUGGCGCUGCAGCUCGCGCCGGCGGGGAGCGAGCGCGGGGAUGGGAGUGUGUAUGGGGGCAGUGUGAGGGGGCGGAGUGGGACUGGACAGGGUCAGCAGAGGCCUCAGAGUAGUUACUACGGCGGUGGUGGAGGAGAGGGAUUGCAGCAUAGCCCGAGUACGAUGAGUUCGAGGGUGCGGAGUAAGAGCGUCGCCGAGCCAAGGCAGUAUACGAGGGAUGGGCGAAUGAUUGUGAAUUAUUCACGAGCGAUGUAUGUUUACAACGCGCAGAUCCCCGAGGAACUGUCUUUCGCGAAGGGUGAUAUCCUCGCUGUGCUGAGGUUGCAGGACGAUGGGUGGUGGGAGGCGGAGGUGGUGGGCAAGGAUGGGCGGAGGGGCCUUGUGCCGAGUAAUUAUCUGCAGGCGUGCUAGUCAGAGACACAGAAGGGGAAGUAGGUGGAAAAUGAGGAAUGAGGAUGUCAGAGGAUGGAUAUGCGGAUACCCGAUUAUUGCUGCGUUCCUUGCGAUGAGUACCAGUAUGCUUUUGUGCAUUUUUGGCGUUUGGAAGGUGGGCUGGGUGUUUGGGAAUUUCUUCGAUUCUUGCACUCGUUAGCGAAGGUUACGUGAGAUGUAUGUAUAUGCGUG